CUGAUUUCAUUUUCUAAUAGUAUUCGUCAACUCCAGGCGUAAAUCUUUGCUUUACUUCCUGCAUGUUAUUUGAAUUGUUUGAAUUACACGGUGUUUUUCAGGUUUAAGUUUUCAAUGCUAUCUUUAACAAAACUGUUAUCAGCCGACAAAGAAAGAUUAUUCUUUUGUAACGUGUUGCAUAAUAUAAAAAAUGAGCAUAAUUGAUGAAACUUCAGCACCUGGUGUUAUCAACUACGAAAUGAUAAUGGAAGCAAUGAUUAAACAAGGGCCACAGGAUGAAGCUGGUAGACUAGCCAAGGAAGAGGGUCUAUCAAUGGACGAAGUUGAAAAAUUAAGAUUAGAGUUUCUUAACAUCCUGAGGAUCGACCACCUGUGGCCGCUCACAUCGCUCACCAGCCUGUGCCUCAGCAACAACGUGAUCGAGCAGAUCGAGAACCUGCACACGCUCGUCAAUCUGCGCGAGCUCAACCUCUCCUUCAACAGGAUCGAGGUGUUGGAGAACCUAGAGGCCCUCACCCGGCUGGAGGUGCUGUUGCUCUUUGAGAACGCCAUCACGUGCAUCGAGAACAUCGACACGCUCCAGCGCCUCAUGAUCCUUAGCAUCGGCAACAACCGCAUUGUGGACCGGAGCCAUGUGAUCUAUCUCCGCCGCUUCCCCAAGCUGCACUCUCUGAACAUGGCAGGCAACCCGUGCGCAGAGUCCGUGACCUUCCGCGAGUACGUCGAGGCCUUCCUCCCCGGCCUCACCUACCUCGAGUACAAGAUGAUCUCACCCGAGGACAAGAAGAGCGCACGCCAGCAUUACCGGGAGGCUCUGGAGAGGAUGGAGGAGGAGGAAGAGAAGGUCCAGCGGGAGCGCGAAGAGACGGAAGCUCGCCGGAAGGAGCUCGAGUGGCACACUGCCAUGUUUGUCGAGGGUCUCGGCCCCGACCAGCUGUUCCACAGCAUGUUCGAGAAGGAUGCAGAAGGCAAAGCCAUGCUGCAGCUCAGCGAGGAAGCAGAGCAGAGCUACGAUGAGUACCGGGCGCAAGUGGCGCAGGUGUCGAAGCAGGUUUUCCAGAUCGGCGUGGAGCAGCACAAGGCACGGCAGGACGAGAUACGCCAGUUCAGCGAAUGUGUCGCCGCGGCCAAGAAGUGGAGCAAUGAAAAGUGCUUCAGGCUGGUGGAGGAGUUCCAGGCGAACAAGGCGGCCAUCUUCGAGGAGGUGCACAAGGUGAUCCAGGGGCUGAAAGCGGGGCACGAGAUGGAUGACGGCUUCUCCAUUGAAGUGAUGCAGCGGCAGAGCGACGAGUUCAGCAGCCUCACCGACACCACCUGGUACAGCCUCGUGCAGACCGAGCGCAUCCUGUCCGAGCAGCUUGAGGAGGUGAUGGGGCAGUUUGAACGCAACCUCAAUGACCUGGUGAGCACCUUCAUCGAGCAGGCACAGGCCCUGUUCGUGGAACUACGUGGCUAUACACGGGGCUUCAACGAGCACUUGUCGGAGAUCGCGGGCAGAUUCAUGGCCGCGCGCCUUGCGGACACGGAAGCCACGGACGUCCCAGAGGAGCUGCUGCCGUUCAUGCAGAGCCGGGAGACCAUGACCACUGCGCUGGAGAACUCCCUGGAGACACAAGUGCUGGUUAUUGACACGCGUGACGACACGCUGCGGGAACGCACCCAGAGCUGGGCCACUGACUACAUCGACACCCUGCAGAGGAAGGAAGUCCAACGCAACCGUGCCAGAAUGGCAGAGAUAAACCACUUCAUAGAGGUGCAGACGAAUGAGUACGACGAGCUGAUAAACACGAUGGGUGGUAUGGACGACCUCUUUCCGGAGGCAUAGGGUCUUCUACUGCUGAGACAACACGAGCAACAUCUCACAGCCCCAGCACCAGUGUUGCAAUGCAGAUGAACAAAUAAAUAUAUGUAUGUUGUAUUUUUUAUUUAAUUUUCAAUUACAAAACAUUACAAAAAUAUACUAAAAAUUUUCAAAACAUUUGUGGCACAUGUAACUAUUAAAUUUAUUAUUUUAUAUACGUAGCUGUUUUACACAUUAAAUUAAUCUCAACAAACAAUAUAACAGACUGCAUAGCAAUUUACACCUGACAUGAAUACAUAUUUGUAUUAUUAUGCCAAAAUAUAUAUGAGCAAAAAGUGUAUACAUGUAAAUCCCAUAUAUUCCUUCUAUUUAACUGGCAAGAAUACAAUACAAUACUCUACUUUUUCAAUAAUAAUUUAAGUGACAGUUCUAACAGUCUGUAUCCUCCUGCCACUGUUCUGUUGACAGUGUUUGUAAACAACUUAAAGUAGUUGCCAGAGUUCAUACAUAGCCUGUGUACUGCUUCGCAAGUGACAGUUGGAAAAUGGCUGUCACAGGUGCUACUUCUGGGAACUGUAACAUCUGAGACAAGAUACGUGAUACAGACUAGAUUAGUUAAUAAUGUAACUAACAGUGACUCAAAACAAUUUCAUGGACAUGCACCAUCGGGUGUUUAGUACAGGUGGACGAGAAUGGCUUUUUUACUUCGGAAUUGGAUUCGGUUCGGGAACAAUAUUGGAUUUUCAGGAUCGGGAGCAACAGCAUUGAAAUUAUGUCACUUAACUUGGUGUACAUAAAAAAAUACAGUAGAACCCUGUUAUAAUGUUUUUCAAGGGAGCACAAGAAAAAAAAAAAACAUAAGCAGGAAAUCUCAAUUUAGCACUUAACAAUGUUUGAGCUUUGUGCCAAUGGACUCACCAAGCUAUGUAAACAACUUUAAUGUUAAAACCAAAGAUAGUAUACUUGAUACAUGAAUUUUCUGAAACAAGCCAACAAUUUUUCAACUUUGUCUUGUUCCCUGGUUAAAUUUUAUUUGUCUUUAGAGAUACACUGCCACAUUUUUUGUAAAAUUGUCUCACGAUUCAUGAUGACAACAUUAAGAGUGAGAACGUCUACUCCUUCGCCACCUGAAAAUGUUUAAUUUUGGGAUUCCUACGUAUCAAUGAAAAAAAAA